GCGAGAAGGACCAGCCAAAACGGCAGGAACACACAUUUUUUCGACCGCCAUGGCAAACGCGGUGCAGUGGAUCCCGGAUGAUCAGGUCAGCGAGUGCCCGCUCUGCACGCAGCGCUUUGGGCUGUCCAAGCGGAAGCACCACUGCCGCGCCUGCGGCCGGGUGGUCUGCAGCAGCUGCAGCGCCAGCCGACUGAAGAUCAACAACAAGGAGGAGCGGGUGUGCGACACGUGCUACGACCUGCUGCAGCACGACAAUGGCAGACCUGUGAACGAGUCGUUCUUGGAGAACAAGCAGGUAGAGGCCUCGCUAAAAGCAGAUCUCCGGGAAAAGCAGCAGCAAGAGGAGUGGUUUCGCAGCUUCCUCACACAGGUCGCCGGGGCGGCGGAGGAUGAGCUGCCGCAGCUCAUCGCCAACGCCGCCGCGCGCUGGCAGUCCCUUUGCCGGCUGCGUGGCCAGGAGGACCAAGCCCUCCAGCAGCUAAAAUUGGAGUGCUUGCAGCUGGAGGGUGAAUGCCGAGAGCGGGAAGCCGCACUGGCGGCGGGGCAGAAGAUUGUGAAGGCCUUGGAGCAGGAGCUGAAGGCGAAGCCCCAGCUGCAGCGGGAAUGCGAGCAGCUGCAGCGGACCAACAACAGCCUCCAGCAGGAGCUGGCGGGGCUGCAGCAGCGCUCCCACGCGCUGGAGUCCCAAUUGCCCAGCUCGCGGACCGGCUCCUUCCUGUCAGUGGGAUCUUCCUUCCAGUCUGUUAGCCGCAUUGAGGGCUGCCGCCGAGGUUGCGGCGUCAUGUGAGCGAGGGAGCGACCAUGUCACUCCCAUUACACGAUGUCCCAGUGAAUCCCAAGCGACCAGCUGCUUUCCUUUUGGUUCUUGAAUGGUGGCAAAGUAGUUGUGCCAUGGGUGUUGCCUUUGUCAACUUUGCGGGAUGGCCUGGCGGACAACGUGGUCC